AUGCAAGAAUAUGACAUCCGCCAUUUUCAGUUUUCUGAAUAUUACACAGUCGGUAGAUAUCCAGUACAGGGUGAGUUUAUGGUGAUGGCUUACGAAGCAUUGAACAAAGACAUGAAGAUUGAUGACGAAUUGAUGCAUAAAUUACAAGUGAUGGUUUCUACGACCGAAAUGGUACAAAGUUACUUUUUCAUUUGGGACGAUUUGGCUGAUAACAGCAAGGAACGUUGCGGCAAGCCUUGCUGGCAUUUGUUGGACGAUACGGGUUUCAUUGCGAUCAAUGAUGCUUGUGUUAUGAGAAGUUUUAUCAAUGAAAUAAUAAGACAACAUUUCAGUGGUGAAAUGUGUGCUAACAUUUUAAGUAUUUACGAUAAGGUUUACUUUGUGUCGUCUGUCGGUCAAUAUAUGGAGGUAGAGGUAUCCAAAACUAGAAAUUAUGAUAAUUAUAACAUUGAAUUAUUAGCGAAGAUAAAUGCAUUGAAAUCUGCGUUCUACUCUGUCAAAUCGCCGCUUUUGUUAGCGCUGGCUCUUAGCAACAAGUUGAACAAAACGUCAUACGACAUAGUGGAUGAUAUGGGUUUGGACAUCGGUGUGUUAAUUCAACAUCAU